AUGGUGGAGAAGAUGGAAGUUGAUGAUGACAGCCCAAAGAAACAGGAGGAAGAGAAAAAUAAAGCAGCAGAACCUGAGAAGGCGCCUGAUUUAGAUGCCAUAACUUUUGAAACUUUAAAAGAGUGGUGCAAUCAACUUGACAGAGGCGAAAUGCAUGUUCUGUCGCGUAUGAUACAGUCGCUUCCAAAAACUCGGAAACAGAUAAAUCCAAACAUAAUGCAUAAGUUGAUUGCUACCCAGCUAUCUGGGCAGGCUGUGGCUCGUGAAAAGUUAUGCAGUUGGUUACCACCUUCCACGUCUUCUGCAGCCGUUACUCCUAUGGAAAUUGAUUGUGGUAAAGGAGGGCGGUCUCCACGACCAUCUCGUCGUUUGUAUGGUUCUAACGUUCUUGUGGGAAAUCCAGAAGUAGAAUUGUAUUUGCAUCUUUUAGUUCUUCUUUAUCUAGUGGAUCAUGAACAAUGGAGUACUGCAGAGAAGAGUGUCGAGUCAUUAAUAGCAAGGAUCGAUGUUUGUGAUAAAAGGACUCUAGAUCCAAUAGCCGCAAAAGCUUUCUUUUAUCUUUGUUUAAUAUACGAGAAAGCAGGAAAAUUGAAAGAUUUGAGGGCUUUUCUGAAUGCCCAUCUCAGAACUGCUACAUUACGAAGGCAAAGCGACUCCCAGGCCGUCUUAAUAGUCUGCCUUUUACGUUCGUACUUGCUAAGCAAACAAUAUCAGGCAGCAGCUAAACUAGUCUCGAAGGUAACAUUUCCUGAAGGUGCUUCAAAUAAUGAUCUUGCACGAUUUUUAUACUACCAGGGAAGAAUCAAGGCAAUGCAGCUUGACUAUACUGCUGCUGCCGGUUAUUUCCAGCAAGCGAUUAGGAAGGCUCCCCAAGACUCUGCUAUAGGUUUCAAACAAAAUGUUCAAAAGUGGGUUGUUGUAAUCAGUCUUUUGCAAGGAGAAAUACCUGAAAGAACUAUUUUCCGCCAGCCUAUACACAGAAGAACUUUAGCGCCAUAUUUAGAGCUGACACAAGCUGUACGUCUUGGAGAUUUGCUGAAGUUCAACAAAGUUCUGGACAAGUAUGCAAAGCGUGUGUUUGAACCUGAUGAAACUUUUACUCUUAUUGUACGCCUUCGUCAAAAUGUUAUAAAAACUGCUUUGCGUCAAAUAAGUACUGCAUAUUCUUGCAUUUCCAUCCACGACAUUGGCAAGAAACUUUCAUUACAUAGCGAUCAUGAGGCGGAGUACUUAGUCGCGAAGGCUAUAAAGGAUGGGAGCAUUGAAGCUGUCAUUACUUUCGAUAAUGAUGUUUCUGAGCGAUAUAUGCAGUCGAAAGAAGGAGAAGAUGUUUAUAGGACGACCGAGCCUCAAACUCACUUCGAUGCCCGUAUACGUUACUGCUUGGAGUUACACAAUCAAGCGGUUAAAGCGCUUAGAUAUCCAGCUAAUGUUAACAAAGCUAAAGUUGAAACUAUAGAAGAGCAGCGUGCGCGUGAACAACAGGAGCUGGAAUUUGCAAAAGAGAUGGCCGAGGAAGAGGACGAUGAUUUUUAA